AAAGGACACCAUAGAAGAGGAAUAUGCAACUAGAAUAUGGCCAUAUUAAAAGUUGCUGCCCAAAUGAGAUUUAUGCGACAAAGCCAGGUCUUCAAGACUUAAUCUUGUUUCGUCAGAACUGAGGAAUGAGAUCAGGCCUUGGCAUAUAGAGAAAGGUUUAGAGUUCAUAACUGAUGGCUUCAAAGGCUGCAGAUAGUGCCAAAGUUUGCCUAGUUUGCUUCGAGACCAGACCACUCAAGAUUGCCGGAAGAUGCAAGCAUAGCUUCUGUACUGAAUGCCUGACAAAUGCUAUACAGAGACAUGAUGGUGAUGUGUUCAGCUGUCCUUCGUGUCAUGCAGACUGCCCACGUCCUUGGAAUGGUGUCGAGGGGCUGGUUGGCUACACAGGAGAGGAGGUGGCUGCUGAGGAUCUAGGCUUCAUGGUGGAGCAGGACAGGAAGGAGAAAGGUGUAAAUGCUCCAAGGCAUGAGAAGAGGGAUGGAGGAAAAUUUCAGCCGGCUGUGCUUGACGUGCGGUGUAUGAUAUGUCAACACAAGAAAAGGGAAGUUCAAGCAGUGAACUUAUGUGUUGAAUGCAAGAACCUUUAUAUUUGUGGAGACUGCACUGAAGUUCAUGGGAAGAACAAGGCAACAAAGGGACAUUCUGUAAUACCUUUGCAGCUUGAGAGGCCAAAACAAGAAGCUGUCUGCGUAAAGCACAACUCCCCUUUGGAUAGCUACUGCACCGAAUGCAAACAAGCUGUGUGUAUGGUGUGUGUGAUGCUCGAGCAUGGGGAUCACACCUUGGAAAAGAUCGGGGAAAUUGUGGACGCAAAGGUCGAGGGAUUGAAAGUUGUUCUGAAAGAGAGAGAGGAAAGGCUAGGGAAACUGCAGAUGGUAGAAAAGGAGCUGGUUUUCUUGACAAGAAUUGCUCCAGUGGUUGACAAGCAGGAUAUCCUGAUCAAAGAAAUCGAGGAUCAUGCCCAGAAGUGUAUCGAGAAGAUUGUUAAGUGGAAAGAAGACUUGAAAGAAAAAGUCAAAGCGGACUACCUAAUCAUCCAUGACAUUCCCGUAUGCCUGAAAAAGGUGUCAGAGACGGUUCAGAAGAUGCAGGCGCCCAUCCAGAGAGCAGGGCAGCUACUUUCUGAGACUGAACAUCAACCAGUGUACCUUGACAGACUGAUUGCACUGCAGCAGGACCUGGAAGCUCUUGCCGAAACAGGGAACAAUGUUCAAGGCGAAGGAUACACUGCCGAACUCCGAGAGCUACACAAUCAAGAUUGUCGUUUCAUGCCAGAGGCAAUAGACUCAUUAGGAAAGAUUGACAAAACCCAAGCCAGGCAGGAAGAGGAUGAACUGGAAAUUAUCUAUAAGGAUACCAUGGUGGAAGAUGACAAAGAGAAGUUCAUUCCCUGCGUAGCAAACCUGGGCCAGAGGUUUGCUGUUGCUCAUCCAACGACAGAGGGAGAACCAUCGAAUGCAGUGGACAUAUACCAAUUCCCAGGCGAACUGAAACACACUUUCAAAGAUCAUGUGCCUCCUUUGUAUGACGUAUCUGCAACUCCGGACGGAAAACUUGCCAUGCUUUCAGAUGGGACAGGGGACACUAGCCGCUGCGUCAAGCUGUUUGAUUCACAGACUGGCUACAUUAGCUCAACUUGUGACUUUGACAUAGCCAAACCAUUAUCACUUGGAGUUACCCUGCAACAUCAGUACGUCAUCCUCGGUGAUAAUGAGCAUGGAGAGAGGCAGAUCACUGUUGUUGAUAAGGAAGGCUGUGUGGAACAUACACACGUGAUUGACGAGGAAAUUCAUAAGAAAUUAAUCGAGCCCAGCAGGAUAACAUGUGGAGGAAAGUGCAACUUUGUCAUUGGGAAAUUGUGUGCCCAUGCUUUUGAGAUUAGUGACACAGGAAUUCAUGGCCUCUCAUGGGUUAUUACUUGUGCUCACCCUGAUGACAUCAAGAGUUUUGAUAUCUCGGCAAGUAUGUGGGAUGAUUUAUCUGUAGCAGGCAAUUAUAAGAAAAUGUUUGUCUUACAAAUCUUGGAAAUGAAUGAGGGGAAAUUAAGUCCGACAUGGAGACAUAAAACCCUAAAUCUGGACAUGGCUUCAGUGGCUGACAGGGAGGAGACAAGAGUUUCCAUAAGAGAUUCUCACAUUGUCAUGUCCAAGGGUCGAACAAUCAGGGUCUGCAAAAUAUACCAAGGCCGCUCUAACUAGUGAGGUCAUUACAGAUGGAUUUCCGACUCUGACUUUGAGACUGAAUUACAAUCAUCUCCAGACACCUUCAAUUAUAAACAAAUUUGAAGAAUGGCUUCACAGUGACAAACCACUUUAAAAUACUUGCAUAAGAACAUCCCAACAAUAUAGUUGAUCUGUUUGUCGCACGUCGCAGCGAUUAUAAUUGCAGAAAGACUUGAAGAAGAUUUCACAAUGACAAAUCACUUUUACUUGCAUAAGAACAUCCAAACAUUUUAAUUGAUCUUUUUAUCGCAUAUUUCCGUGACUGAUUAUAAUUGCAGGUCACAGUGACAAAAAUUGCUUCUCUGCAAGGUGCUUUAGGCUCCCUUAUGUAUUGUGCGUCUAAUAGUUGUCACUUUAUUGCAUUCAAGAGUAGGCCCUAUCUCUCUUUAUGUGUUAGCUUAAUAGUCUUUAGCCUACUGACCCAUUACUGCAGUUGUCCAAACCCUCCUUUAUGUAAAUAAUAAUACACUUUCAUGAUUGUAUAGCUUUUAUGCCUGAUAAGGCCCAUUUCAUAUCAUUUCAUCGUCACAACACACCAGGGGGAUGUCCGUGACAGUUAGCAUUGGCGUGAGUGACCAAUUGUCCACAGUUAGCAUUUGGUGGUAGUUGCAGGGGUCCAAUUGUGACCCUCUGGCAAAAGGAGGCGGAAGUCGCAUUUAGGGAAAAGGGAGAAAAAGGGAGAAAAGGGGAGAAAAGGGGAGAAAAGUUGAAAAAUGAUUUUUGGACUUUCUUGAGUCAUUUAAUCAACUAUGUCUAUAAGUUGCACUUUCAAAUGCUUAUCCAUAAAUAACCUAUUUUCGGACAAGGAUUUCUCAACGUUUCAUUCUAGAGACUGAUAUAUUCUGAAGUCCUUUUCCUCAGCCCAUCCUAGAGAGAUCCUCAUGUAUCACACACCAUUUUAAAGAUAGCGUUGUGCAAAAUAACUCGGUACCAAUCACUCAUUUUCAAGAUUUUUAGCCAACAGCCUCAUUUUGCCAGAGUGGGUCACAAUUUAGGUCUCUUUUGUGACCAGGUCUCAAUGUUCAUGGUGCUGGGAUGAUGUCUAAAUGAUGUUGCAUGUCAAUAAAUAGCUAGGAUGUUGGUUUAUAGGUCAAUAACAGGUUUGUAGCAAUAACGUUGCUUUCUUAUGCCUAAACUUCACGGAGGGUUAUAAACUGUUAGGUGGCCCGGCCCCCCAUAUUUUAUGUUGGGUUUUGCGGCAGACUCACUUUGGGAAAUAAAAAUAACGA